AUGGUAUUUAACAGUGCGUUGAUCGCAUCGGUGGCCACCGUCUCCGCCGAUGUAUGGCAAUCGGUAGCAUGUAUCUCCGAUCGAAUUAGCAGCGGCGAGUUGUUAGAUCUGGUGGUUUGUUUUCCGCUCCAACUGUUAGGCCGUUUUAUGCUUUGUAUUUGGACCUGUUUCUGUGUUCCUCUAUCUCCUACUGAUUCUAUUUUUUCUUACGCUUAUAAUGAUGAUGAUGAUUGGGAUUCGGAUUUCGAUUCUUAUAUGAGUUCCUCCGAAGAUGAAGGAUUUUUGGAUUACGAUCAUUGA